AUGUACAUGGAAAAAGAUAUUAUCUCAUGUAAAAUUUUUUGCAUAGCAUUGAACCACAGAACAUCACAAGUAAAGUAAACCACAUUCUGUUUUGUGCAACUUUUUGACAGGAGGAAAGACACUGAGUGUUGUGCCUAUGUGAAAAGAUUUAUAGAAGGUCGUUUUUUUUCAUUGCUUAUGAUCAAUACCAUCUCAUUGAAUGCCCUGUGUAUGGUUUUGCAGACUUAUUAUGACAUUAAAUAUAGGUUGUUCUUGCUUUUUGAGGUAGUAGAAGUCCUAUUUACAUCCAUUUAUUGUUUUGAGUUCUAUAUCAAACUUUACGUGGAUCCCCUUGGAUACUGGAAGAAUGGAUACAAUUUAUUGGAUGUUGUCAUUAUCAUCAUCCUUUGUGUUCCUUUUUACAUGCGGAAGCUGUUUGGUAGGCACUACAAAUAUCUAAAUAUAGGAGAAGGCAUCCAGUCUCUUCGAAUUCUCAAACUCAUCCCCUACAGCCGAGGAAUAAAGACUCUGAUCACUGCAUUGGGACAGACAAUCUGCACUGUGGCUUCUGUCAUGAUCCUGCUGUUCCUGCUGAUGUUCAUCUUUGCCAUCUUAGGCUUUUGUCUGUUUGGAUCAACUGAUGGGGGUGAUGUGAAUAACUGGGGAAACCUCGCCUCAGCCUUCUUUACCCUUUUCAGCUUGACCACGGUGGACGGCUGGACAGAAAUUCAGCAUGACUUGGAUGAGCGGGAAUUUUCAUUGAGCAGGGCUUUUACCAUUUUCUUCAUCUUAUUGGGCUCCUUUGUGUUCCUCAGUAUGUUUGUUGGUGUCAUGAUCAUUCACACAGAGGAUUCAAUCAAGAAAUUUGAAAAGGAAUUGGCAAAUGAGCGACAUAUGGCUCUUAUACAAGAGAAGCAAAACAUACUGAAGAAGCAGCAGGCAGAAGUCAGCAGGCUUAUGCAGAAAGGGACAAACAGUGAAUAUAAAACUUUCAGUGAACUGGUGGAAGGUUUUAAGAAGACUCUGAGGCAUACAGACCCCAUGGUCUUGGAUGAUUUCUGUACCACACUUCCCUUCAUUGAUAUUUACCUGUCAACACUGGACAACCAAGAUAAUACUGUUGUUAAGCUCCAAGAGCUCUAUUAUGAAAUGGUGAAUGUUUUGAAUCAGAUGCUAGAGGAUAUGCCAACCAAGAAAAGCUCCAUCACAUCCGAGAGGUCUGUAGAUUUUUAG